AUGGAUUUUGUCAAAUGCCUUGCUGUCGUCACUCGUGAAGAAGAAGCGGAGGGAAACCUCAUCAGCCCAGUUUUGAAGCAACCACGACGUUUUUAUUUAUUUUUUUUUUCUGGUGAAAAAAUUGUACCUGUCAUUGUAGUGGUGAGCGGCACAAAUGUGGACGAGAGGCUUAAAGCUGCUCGGGAAAGGAGAGAAGAACAACAGAGGUUACUCGCCUCACGGGUGCACAGCAGGUAUGAGCGGGAGCAGCGAGCCAAGCUCCACUACGAACAGCAGCUACAGGAGCGCCAGAAGAAGCUUCAGGAGCAAAAACUCAAGGAGGACAGGAGACGCGCUGCCGUCGAGGAGAAGCGACAGCAGCGUCUCAAGGAGGAAAAAGAGCGAAAUGAAUCUGCCGUGCGCCGGACCCUGGAAAAGAGCCAAAGAGCCCAACAAAACUUCAGCCAAAACGUGAGCGGCAGGAAGCCCGCUAAAAACGCUCCACGUCACAUAGUGCUCAGCACAUGGGAGAAGAACCUGGUGAGUCGCCUGCUAACUCCCACAAGCUCUUAUCUGGCACGGAGCAAGAGUGCUGUUGGUCAGUCGGGAGAAGAAGUUUCGUUUUACUCCACGACCAGUAGCAGCCCAAGCGGCACCCAGCAGAAGCUCCAGGAUCACAGACCACAGAUCCAGAGGCCCCAAAACCAGAGAGCCCAAGACCGGAAACCCCAGAUUCAGAAACCCCCAAAUCAAAGGCCCCAGAUUCAGAAACCCCAGAACCAGAGACCACAGGACCAGAAACUGCAGAAACCCCAGAAACCCCAAAUCCAGACAUUACAGAAGCAGAAACCCCAGAUCCAGAGAACUCAGAACCUGAGACCCCAGAGCCAGAGGCCACCGCCGCCACAUCUGAGUCCCAGCCACAGCCAGAGAAGAAGCACCAGCGGUGUACAGCCCAAAGCAAGCACACCACACACCGCUAACAAGAAGACUCCAAACAUGGGUCCACCUACUCGUUCGCCUACAAACCGUAACGCGGCAACUAAAACGAGCAGAACGGCGUCAUCGCCCUCUCCGGAACGGGCUCACAGGAGAUCAGGCCGGCAGCACUCCAUCCCUCUUCAACUGGACCUCGAGUCGGUUCCCGAGGAAGACGUUCCAAUUUGCAACUCUGCCCUGUCACCUGGCAACUCCAGGCCCGCCAGGGCCUCCACCGAAGACAACAUGGAGGAUUCGCCUGAGACUCUGAGCCGCGAGCCGGAAGUUGAGAGCAGAACUGCCGGAGAUGGCAGUCCCUCCACGAUGCUUUCUGCUCCACCCAAAGCCCUGCUGAGGCCCUUGAAUGGUCCGAUCAACCCAGAAGAGGCCUCUGGAGAGGCUAUGCUGCUCGGGGAGCUGGAGGAGCAGGAGCACUUGGCAGCGGCUGAAGCUGAAAGGCGCAGUUGGGAGGAGCUGCAGCGCCGCAGAGUCGAGGAGCGAGCCCGGCAGCGGGCUGAGACCGAGCGUCUGAUUGCGGAAAAGCAAAGACGCGAGGAAGAGGAGCAUAGGCGGGCCGAGGAGGAGAGAGCUCAAGCCAUGCGUGAAGCGGCUCUUCUGCACAAGCAGAGGGAGGAGGAACAAGCCAGAGAGCGGGAAAAAGCGGCCCAGGUGCAGAAGGAGCGUGAGCUGCUCGCGCAGAAAGAGGAAGCCGAACGCCAAGUUCGAAAAAAGCGGCUGGAGGAGAUCAUGCGGAGAACCAGAAGAACAGUUUCUCCUGACACGAAAUCAGUGACGGUGAGCAUCUUACCGAAGGAGAACAAUGAGCCUCCUGUGCAGGAUGCCGUCCAGCCGCCGGCGGGUUCCAGGCCCUCGCAGGCGGUAACGGAUGACAAGGAAGCCAAUGAUGACAUGGUGCCUGUGGUGGCCUUCAAAGAGCGCAGGUCUCUCCGGACUCUCACCGGUCUGGAAGACAUCCAGACACACCAACGAGCAGAAGUCAUUUGAUCUACGCCGUCACAGACAAGCACGAAAGUCACCACUAUACUUUGAGGACUGUGAUAACCACUAUCUUCUUCUAUGUAAGAUUUCAAGCAAAUGUCCUAAAAGGAUCAAUUCAGCACAGCAGGAAUAUCAAUUCAUUGUGGCUUUUGCCCCCCCCCCCCCCUGACUUCACAUCACAAUUGUGGACACUGUCGUCCUUUGUGUAUUUACAAUCACACCACACUUUUGGUUAUUUGUUGCUGUCAAAGUGCUUUCUGUUCAGAAUGAUAACAUUUAAUCCUGUCUGUAGUGUGAGCAAUUUAUAAGCUGCUACAGAACCCUAAAGUAGUUCCCAAAGACUUUGCUUUUUUUAAGUGUCAGGUAAUGUAUUUUUGCACAAAUAGCUGUGGCUUUGCGUAAUAAUAAUCAUAAUAUAUGCAAUCUUUAUCAAGGUGAUUGAUGAUAUUUUAUUCUUGUUACAUGAAGGCGUACGAAACAAAUCAACAUUUAAUGAUGUUAAGUUUUUGUUACUUGUUAGUAAAAUUUUAACUAAAAUGCACAAGUUAUGCUAUUUGUUUAAGGCUGACUGUGUCUUUGUUGACUGUAAAUAUUGUUACAUUUACGAAAUGAGAUGCCUGCCUAUAUUGUAUAUCAUAUGAAUAUUGAAACUGCUUUGCCAUCCUUCAAACUUUCAAACCAAUAAAAAAAAUGGAAACUG